AUGCGAUUCAAUAUGCAGAUGCCCCUGGGACUGGGCUCCCUUUGGACCUUCUUCUCGGGCCUAUCUCACAAUGGUCUCACGCAUCACCCGAGUCAGCCGCCUUCGUACCCGCUCGCCGUCCGCAAUCCGUACCUGUCAGCCUGGAUGCCAAGCGAUCGCGUGCACCAACUGCCCUCGUCUGAGCCGCAGUUUUGGGCUGGGCAAGAGCUCGGUUGGUCUGUCAUUGUUCGUGUCGAUGGUGAGGCUUAUAGCCUAAUGGGCGUGCCCGACUCGGAAUCCGCCCCCAUCAUUCCGGCCACGGUCCGUCGCGCCGAGUUCACGUCAACUCAUUCGCUUUUUGAUCUCACCGCAGGCGGAAUUGCCUUCACUUUGGAUUUCUUUUCGCCUGUUUCUCCCUCAAACUACCUUCGCCAUUCAAUCCCUUUCAGCUACUUAACCGUCCAUAUCGAGGGCGCUCACGGAGUUGAAAUUCAAGUGUAUUCGGAUAUCGAUGGGAGAUGGACGGGUCAAGACGACCACUCCGUCCAUGACUUUGAGGAGCGUGAUGGCCUGGUCAUUCAUUCCCUCUCAGUGGCAGACGCAGAAAAGUAUUCCGAGGCGAAUGAUAUGGCCCUUUGGGGUGAUGUGAUACUGGCUUCACGCCAGUCGAAUUCGAGCACACUCUCUGCGCUCGCCGGUGACCCGAAAACAGUACGCAGCCAGUUUGCCCAGGAUGGUGAUCUUUCAGGCCAAGAAUCCACUUGGUCACGCCAAAACGUUGUGGCUGUUGCACACGACCUCGGCAGUGUCACCGGUGGUGCUUCGGUGAAUUUCGCAGUGGGCUACGAGAGAAAGGAAGCUAUCAAUUACCUGGGAGAGGCUUACACGGGCUACUACCGAGCAUACUACCCGACCACCCACGAAGCCCUCAGCUUCUUCCUGGAUGACUAUGGGGAUGCUUUUUUGGAGUCUCUGAAAUUGGACCACGAGAUGGUGACCUUUGCGACCGCUGCGGCCGGUCCCAAGUAUGCGGAUAUCGUGGCCUUGUCAACACGUCAGGCAUACGGUGGCAUGGAUUUGACGAUAUCAAAUGAAUCACUGGACACUGAUGAUGUGCUGGCCUUCAUCAAAGAGCUUAGCAGCGACGGUAAUGUCAAUACCAUCGAUGUCAUCAUGCCGGCUUUCCCGAUCUACUGGGUCAUGGAUCCGAACUGGAUCCGGCUGCUGCUUGAGCCUAUCAUGAGAUACACGGAUGCCGGUCGCUGGCAUUUGCCCUACACCAUUCAUGACCUUGGCUCACACUAUCCGAAUGCGAUCGGUCAUGAUGACCAGCAGGCGGAGGCUAUGCCGAUCGAAGAAUGCGGUAAUUUACUCAUUCUUGCACUGGCAUAUGCGCAGGCCACCGGAGACACUGGUUGGACCGACCAGUAUAUGAGCAUCUUCCAACAGUACGCCGAUUACUUGAUCGACAACGGCGUCGAUAUCGCCAACCAGCUCUCUUCUAAUGACGCCGCCGGACCUCUUCCCAAUGAGACCAAUUUGGCUGUCAAGGCAGCUGUCGGCAUCAAGGCAUUCGGCGAACUAAGUGGAAAUGAACAAUAUUCAAAAAUUGGCGACGAACGUGCAGAUCUGUUCUUCUACGAGGGCCUGGGCACCGACGAGGAACAGACUCAUUUCGUGUUGCAGUACCCUGACUUCCCCGAGUCCUGGAAGACCCCGUACAACCUGUUCCCCGAUGUCCUACUAGGUCUUAGGACAUUCUCUGACGAGGCAUAUCAAAUGGGAAGCGACUUCUUUUCGUCUGUUCGCGGCGAGUUCGGUGUGGCUCUGGACAGUCGACAGGACUGGGCCAAAUCUGAUUGGAAUAUGUGGCUAGCAGGUACAUUUGACACGAGCACGCGGGACGAGUUUGUUGAUGACCUCUGGGCCUUCAUGACCAACGGCAAGCAUAACUGGCCCUUCUCUGAUCGGUAUGUCUCAACCUCCAAGCAUGGAAAUGAGCCGGGUACUCCUAUCCUAUGCCGUGCCCGUCCAACCGUCGGUGGUCACUUUGCCUUGUUGGCAUUGAAGGGACCUGCGUCCAUGCAGUCUUUGUCCGACUAUAAGUUCGCCUAUGACAGGCCAGCUCGAAAGGCUGACAAGCUGCGGGACAAUCAUAUCAGCGAGCUCUGA